AUGGCGGAGCCGCGGCCGGGGCUGGCGCUGCGCUUCCAGCGCCGGUUCCUGGCUGCGCGCCCGCUCCGCUCGCUGCCCUGGCCGGAGCUCGAACAAAGCCUGCGCGCUGCGCCGGACUCCGAGCUGCUGGCGGAUAUUCUGCACAAGACAAUUCUUCACCCUCUGUGUGUGAAAUAUCCCCCUUCGGCCAAGUACAGGAGGUGUUUCCUGACUGAGCUUAUCAAAAAGCUUGAAUCCACAGCAGCUGAACCCCUGGAUGAGCUCUACGAGUCACUGGCAAAUGUUCUAAAAGAAGAAGAAUCUACUCACUGUUACAAGAACUACAUAUUGCCCACGGGGGACUGUGUGAGUCUCUCUGAGAGCACAGCGCUGAUCUCUGGGGGCACCACGGGGCUCGUCACGUGGGAAGCUGCUCUGCACCUGGCCCAGUGGGCACUGCAGAACCCCAGCGUGUUCAGGGACAGGACAAUCCUGGAAUUAGGGAGUGGGAUUGGUUUCACUGGAAUUGCCAUCUGCAAAACCUGCCAACCCAGGACAUUCAUAUUUAGUGACUGCCACCCCCAAGUUCUCAGACAGCUGGGAGAAAACAUCCGGCUAAACGGCUUCAUCCCGGAGCCUGACGUGACCUGGAGCAUCCAAACAGAGUCCCAAGGACAGAAGGUGGAAGGAGAGAAGUGCCAAAACCCAAAAGUGAUUGUUGCUGAGCUUGACUGGGGCUCAGUGACAGAAAAACAACUGCUGGGUGUCAGAGCUGAUGUUGUCAUUGCAGCAGAUGUGGUAUAUGAUCCUGAGAUAAUUUUGGCCCUCAUUGGGAUGCUGCAGAAACUCUCCACCUCCAGAGCAGACAGGAAAGCUCCUGAGGUGUUCAUUGCCUCCACAAUCCGAAAUCCAGACACGUAUCAGCUGUUCCAGGCUGAGUUGGAUAAAGUUGGCAUCAGGUGGCAGAUGAUUCCAGCCCACAGCAGCUGUAAUUUCCUCUAUGAUGUGCAGCCAGAUGUAACUAUUCUACAGCUAUUUAUAUAGGCUUGGCAAACAGAACUGGAAUUUUGAGACCAACAGGAGCUGUCUCAGCCUUGUGACAGGAUUAUCCUGAAUUCUGGAAAUGAGGUUCUGAGGAUACAACUGUACACAUGGACACUGGAGUCCUUCCUUCUCCUAAUUCCCAGCUUGGAUCUGAGCCUGCUGCUGCCCCUGGGAAGUGACUGAACCUCAAGCAGCAGAAACCAAAAAGCCCCAGUCACACUUCACUUCUGAUUUUGUAGAAGACAACAGAAUUCAAGUGGGGGGUGUUUUGUGUUGCGAUUUGUAAAUACUGGGGGCGACCUGCAGGAUCACAGGAUGAGCAGCUCACACAGACAAGGGAACAAAAUAAUGUUUCAGAGUAAUUAGUGGGUUUUGAUUCUAAAACCA